CUAGUUGUAUACAACAACAACACUGCGCGCAUUACAAUGAAGAUCCAACCAAGGACCCCACUGUUCUAUGUGACAUCAUUCACUAUACUAGGAUUGACAUUCUACGGACUUGAUCGUUAUCUGUCAGGUUCAUAUUAUCAAUACUUAAAUCAUCAUAAGGUUAGAAGAAUCGAAGAACAAGAAGCAAAGGAUGACCUUGCUCGCGAUAGAAUAAGAAAGAGACAAGAGUUGGAGAAGCAACAACAACAACAGCAACAACAACAAAAG